UUGGUUAUAUAGAAUAAUCACUCAAGAAAUUCUAAUAUGCAUAUUCUGUUUUUAUUUUGAAUUCAUGCAUCUUGUUGAUGAAAAGAGAAACAAUGAAAAGAAAAACAAAGAAAAAAAAUGUUCACAUGAAAAUAGAAGGGAAGACUAUAUUUGGUUGACCUGCAUAUGCGCUUCUACUAAAAUUGAGUUUAUUUUUCAAUAUUUUAAUAAAACAUUUGGUAUAGUACAUUACUUUGAUUUGGUUGUUAUAUUUUGGACUAACAAUUAUAAUUAAUAUACUUUCAUAUGGAAUUUUCAAUUUAAUAGAUACAUAUAUGACUGGUUAUAGUGCAUAUCAAUUGGAUCUCGGUCCACUUGAACCAUCGGUACUAACUCAACAACUUACCCAUAGGUCACGGGAUAUAUGGAAUGGAAGUGUUAAUAUGAUUUUAAAUACGAGGAGGUGUGAUGGAAAAUUUUGGGACCUCGUAAAGAAAUAUCCUAUUCAUCCACGAGUCUUAGAAAUGAUUGAAUUAUCAAGACUAUAUGGUGUUUAUAGAUCAAAUCGACCUUCUAUUGAUCGUAGCUUGAUCACUUCACUAGUAGAGAGAUGUCGUCCCGAGACUCAUACAUUUCACUUUAGAACGGGUGAGGCGACAAUCACCUUGCAAGAUGUAGAAGUGUUGUAUGGAUUACCUGUGAAUGGUGAUCCAGUACUUGGUGAUGAGUCGAUAAGGACCAUAGGGGAUUGGCAAAAUAUUUGUCAAAGAUUGUUAGGUUUUAUUCCACGUCCUCAAGACUUCAACCGUAGUAGCCUCAAGGUAACUGCACUUAAUGCGCAUAUGCUCGAGCAACUACAGUUACAUGACUUGACAACACAAGAAAUGAUCGAUCAAAUGGCUAGAUGUUACAUGUUUUGGAUGAUUGCUUGUAUGAUGAUGGCAGAUACAUCUGGCAACUAUCUAAAGCUUAUGUACCUUCCUAUGCUCGAGGAUCUCAAUGUAGUUAGCUCUUAUAGUUCGGGUAGUGCGACCUUAGCGUGCUUGUAUCGCUUUCUCUAUAGGGCCUCACAGAGUAACCAAAAUGAGAUAGCUGGCUUUCUACCACUUCUUCAGAUUUGGGCAUGGGAGAGAGUUACUGUCCUCAGACCUCAGGUAAUAGCACAAAGAGACAUCGAAAAUAAUUUUCUUGCUUGUUUACCUAGGGGUCCAUGUGCUACUAGAUGGUUUGCACAUUUUAGUUGGACUGAUACCACUAAGCAUGUGUUGAAACUUUUUAGGGAUUCACUUGAUUCCAUGACAGAGGAUCAGUUUAUUUGGGAACCAUAUUCGGAUGACUUAAUUGAGAGUCUUCCUAUAUAGCGUGUAAGAGCUCCAAUUUAUUGUUGGGAUAUCGUUGAGGUUCACUUGCCUGAUCGAGUUAUGAGACAAUUUGGAUUAAACCAAACGAUACCAACUCCAUUUCUAUUUGACACCACACAUUUUCACCAUGAUCGAAGGGGAAGACCAAAUACAAAUUGGAAGUUGGAGCAUGCACAAUGGUUGCCUCUUUGGAACCAACGACUUCAAUAUGUUUGUGAUGCUCCGGUCAAUCGUGAACAACUUCGAUAUGACGACCCUUACCUUAUUUGGUUUAGACGCAUUACUCGUAUUGUUAUUGGUAAUCCUACUCAGCGUCCUCAACAACAAGAAGGUUCUGUGCCCAAUUUAAUGGCGUAUGAAACAAUGGUGAGUCAUAUUCAUUCCACGGUUGAUAGAGCAAAAGCCCUUGGUGAUCAACCAUCAAUGGAGGAUUUAUACAUAUUUCGUGCAAUGGUCCAAAAUGAAGGAGAAAAGUGCUUGACAUAUGUGCACGAGGCUGCUAGGAUUAAUGUACAAGCCGAUUAUAGAAGACAUGAGGUAUAUGAUGAUCAUUUACAUCAUCCGGUUCGUAGGCGAGGAAAAGGUGGUGUUGCCGGUAGGAGGGCUCGUGCUGUUGAGAAAGGGUGAGCGCCUAUUGAAAUGGAUGAAUUAGUCUCCGAAGAUGAUCACACAACUUGUGAUUUUGGUUCCAUUUCAAGGGGCCAAACUCAAGAAUUCACUCCCGGGACAUCAGGUAUGACAUAUCAACCAACAAAUACUGAUAUUGUUCCAUACACAACAUCACAAAUAUUAAGGAAUUCUAGUCUUUCAUCACUUGAGAAUGUAUUUGGUGGUUCUCGACCUCAACAUUUUGAGAAUGCCCCCAACUUUAAUUCAUCACCUGGGCUGCCAAUGUCCAUUGAGACCCCCGGUGUUGUUAAUCAUUUAGAGGACUCCAACGAUGAAGUGGAGAAUGCAAACGAAUGUGGUGAACCAUCAGUGAAGGAGAAGCGUAGGAUUUUUCCUCAGCGUUGUGGGACUGGGAGUCACUAUCUUUACCAGCAUGGCAAAAAAAAAGCAACGACAAACAAAGAACUGUAAUUGAGAGGUUUCAGGUUGAUGCAGCUUGUUGUAAUUCUGGAUAACCCUUGGUGAAUAGUAGAGAUUUUUUGUGAAGAAUGAAGCUACUAGUUAUUAUUUUGUAAAGCAACAUGUUCUAUAUAUAUGGGUGAUUUCAGGGAGCAUAACAAAUCUCCUGCUGAGGUGAAGAAACAAAUUUGUGGCUUUUAUACAUCAACUUCAAGGAUGUUUUGCCUCAUUAGCAUACAUUCAGUGCUUAUUUCCUACUUAUGCUCCUGCUGGUUCUUUGCUUUCCUUCUUGUUAUUCUUUUCCACUUCAGAAAGUGUGGUUAAAAGAUAAUGCCUGAAAUCUUAGUAUAGCAUCUCUUAUUGACAUAAAUAAUAGGUAGCUCAUAUAUGUAUUCCGGGUAAAUAGCAACUAUCUCAGGUACCACAAUGCUUUAAUUGGUCAUUUGGAUUAGAAGCAAGUUACAGGGGAAUUAGAAAUGCAUGGAUGGCAAUGUAGAGAUUGUAAUGUAGGGAUUGAAAUUCAAGGUUAAGUUUAUAAUACAAGAGCUGUAGUGGAAGGAUUAUUUACUCAAUGGAUGUUAGAUUUGUUA